AUGAACUUUCUAAACAUUAUUCUCUUUAUACUUUCCACAACCAUUGUAGUUAGUUUAGCACAAUUUGGUUCUCCAGGCAUGGGUAGUCCGGAUAUGGGUAGUCCAGGGUUUGGAGGUGGUGGAAAUCCGAAAGGUGGUAAUCAAGGUUUUGAUCCAUCAGGUCUAUUAGGAGGAAGCCCAAAAGGCAGUAAUCAAGGCUUUGAUCCAUCAAGUGGCUCAGAGCCGAAAUCUGGUGGUAAUCCUGCACCAAGUCACGGUCAGAAUCAAGCACCUAAGUCCAGUUCUCCAAAUGGUAACGCGUCAAAAAGCCCUCCAGCAAAGACAGCUCCAUCAUCAAGUCAAGGCAAGGCACCUACUUCCGGUUCUCCCCAAACUUCUCCAGCAGGCAGUGGAAAAGGGGCACCAUCGUCUGGAAGCAAAUCAUUACCGGAUGUUCGCAAAGUACCUUGGCAAGAAAAAGAAAAAGCAUGUAUUUUGGUCAGUGGCCCCCCUAACAAUACUAUCAUUGAACCAGAAACCAAACAUCGUAUAUCAUGGAAUCAGUCACCUUGUCAGAUGAGCGCGAGAGUUGUUGGUAUGUUUCACGUUUUCUUAUAUAACAACUUACAAGCAGUGCCGGAUGAAAAGGCAAAAAAAAGAGAUUACUCUCCUAAUGGCAAGCCACGAAUUACGAAUGCUUCAAAUUUUUACAUUCGUGUAGAAACAAUUUCAAAAUCUGGAAUUUUUGGUGCCACACCACCGUUAGGAGGUACAUAUGGACCAAUUUCUUUAUCUUUAGAAGAACCUCCACCAGGUUGGAAUGAAACUCAUGCUGAUGCAGUUUCUGAAGGUCAAAAAGUUCAUACAUCAUCUUCAACUUGCGUUGUCAAAUUUUGCAAUUGGUUGGGAUU